AUGUCCGACAAGACGAGACAGUCGUCCGGCGGGCGUUCCCUCUUCUCCCGCAGCAAGAACAAAGAGAAGCGCGCCGCCGAUACCGAGUCCUACGAUGCUCUCAGUACCAUGAGCUCCCGCUCAUCUCGCCACAACCGCGACUCGUCGGCCAUUUCCAUCGAUGGGCUUUCCUCUCCCGACCCCAGCAUGGGCAUCAUGCCGCCCGCCAUCACCUCGAUCCCGUACGAUACCACCGCUCCCGGCUCGCGCUCGCCUAUUCCCGUCGACUACCUCCCGAAAGCUGACCAAGUCCCCGUCCGCAGAGAACCUUUGCCUCACCAGCUGAACAAGGGUCACGACUUUCACCAAUACCCGACAUUCGACCCAGCUGUCGCCAAUGCUGGCUCCCACGCCUCCAAAAUGGGGCCCCCGGCAAGCAACGUGACCAUGGCCAGCACCGGUAGGGUCGCGCAGUUCCAGCAAUGGGGCCCUUCUCGUGGUAGUAUGGCUAGCACUAUGAACGGAUCUCACACCUCUCGGUACGACUCGCUUCUUUCGCCCAACAACCGUGUUUCCGACGCCAGCGUUUACUCAGUCCAACCAAGCGCAUCCUCCCUUAGCUCCUAUGGCGUACCGCACCGAGAGUCUCACCGUUUGACCAAGUUCCCCGGCCCCGGCGCACACGAUACCUUUCAUUUUCCCAAGCCGGACGAUGACAAUGUCAUUGAGCAGAUGUUUGCACAGCUUAUGCAUAGGCGAGGUUGGCACAAUCUCCCCGAGCAAGCUAGACGACAAAUGAUGGCCUACAAACCCGACAAGAAAUGGACCCUACUACACCAAGACCGACUGGCCGAAUGGCAGGGCGAACAGAAGCGUCGCAUGACGGCUCGUGUCAGCCAAUUUGCUCAACCAGAUGUCACUACCUACUCCGACGAAGAGGGCACGCCUGAAUGGUACGUGCGACGAGUAAUGGAAGAUAAGCUAGACGGCAAGGGUAUGGGCAGUCUGGAAGUCAACCUACGCACGCAGCAGAUUGGCUGGGUGCGUCGCUUCGUCGAGUGCCAAGGACAGGUUGCGCUGGUCACUCUUCUGCUCAAAAUCAACCGCAAGAUCUCCAACGCACCCGCAAGUGAGAGCUCCAAGGUUGAUAAGGGCCUUGACCGCGAAUACGACAUCAUCAAGUGUUUGAAGACACUGAUGAACAAUAAAUUUGGUGCAGAUGAUGCGCUGAUGCAGCAAAAAGUGCUUCUAGCACUCGGUACAUCGCUUGUUUCGCCGCGCUUAACUACAAGAAAGCUUGUGUCCGAAAUUCUCACCUUUUUAAGUACUUGGGGGGAUAAUGGCGAGGGUCACUACAAAGUUAUCCAGGCCCUUGACGAGGUCAAAGCCCAGAGCGGCGCCAAUGGACGGUUUGAUGACUGGAUGCGCCUGGUUGAAGCCACUGUUGACGGCCGUGGCAAAAUGGGCAGCAUGGUCGGCGCAAGCGAUGAUGUUCGUACCGGCGGCGUCGGUAUGGAGAAUUUGCUGAUGGAAUAUUCGGUUGCGACACUCAUGUUGGUAAACAUGAUGAUUGACGCUCCGGAAAAAGACUUGCAAUUGCGAGUACACAUCCGCGCCCAAUUUACAGGAUGUGGCAUCAAGCGCAUUCUGAACAAAAUGGAGGCCUUUCAAUACGAACUCCUGGACAAGCAGAUUGAGCGCUUUCGCACCAACGAGGCCAUUGACUAUGAGGAUAUGCUUGAGCGUGAAAACAGUAGCGUCAAGGACAGUAUCGAAGGCGAGGUCAAGGAUCUUACCGAUCCCGUACAGAUUGUCGACGCCAUCCAUCAACGUCUUCAGGGAAGCCGAACCAACGACUAUUUUGUUUCGGCUCUUCAGCAUUUGCUGCUUAUGCGCGCCAACGACGGAGAGGAACGCCUACGCAUGUUUCAGCUUGUGGAUGCCAUGCUAAGCUACGUCGCCAUGGACAGAAGACUGCCUAAUAUGGAUCUCAAACAGAGUCUCAAUUUUACUGUUCAGAGCCUGCUCGAUAAGCUGCACACCGAUUCAGAAGCAAGACAAGCUCAGGACGAGGCCCUUGAAUCACGACAGAUUGCAGAGGCCGCCAUGGCUGAGCGAGAUGAGAUGCGGGCGCAAUUGGAGCUCGGUGCAGAUGGGCUAGUCGCGAAACUCCAAAAGCAAGUCGACGAGCAAAGCAGAUUCAUCGAUGCCCAAAGACGACAAGCUGAAGGGCUCAAGACGGAGCUGGAUGGCGUGCAAACACUCCGUGCCAAGGAAGCCCAACGAAACGAGCUCGAGACCAGAGAGCUGUACCUCAUGCUACGUGACGCCCAGGACAUUGCCGCUUCCAACGCCGCGAAAGGUGCCGCCGCCAGCUCUCCUUCUAUCGGAACGACCAUGGGAACAAAUGGCGCCAAUCCCGAGCAGAUGCAAGGCAUUCUUGACCGCCAACGACUAAUGGAGCGCUUGCAAAUGCAGCUCGAGCGACAAAAGACACAGUACAAACUUGAAGGAAGAGUAUGGGGUGAGGCUGCCGGACCUUCUGAUCGCCUUCGUGCUCUCCGUGAAGAGAUGGAGGAUGAAGAAGGAGAGGCAGCCGGUGCCGGUGCCCCUCGCGACUUCACCAACAGUGUUCUCGGCAGUAUUAGUCGUCAAACUCGUAUCCCCCGCAAACCCAUCAACGCGAAUGGCGAUAUCUCUGACAAGGAGGCCAUUGAAGAGGUUUCAGAGUUAGAAGAGGAUGUUGGCGUUGUAUAUGAGCGUCCCAGAAUUGUCGAGUACAAGCGACCUGUUAUCGAUCCUCGGCAGCAAGCCGUUCUUGUUGACGAGCUCGGGGCCAAGAUCAAAAAGUACGACGGAAGCGAUGACGAGGAUGAGGGUGUCACCACCGGACCUUCGCAUCCCAGCCUGGAAUCCUCGGCGCCGCGGACACCUGCCGAUAGCGACACGCCCAAGGCAGGUUCUGCAAGUCCUGCCACUGGUGCGCCUACACCAAGCGCCAGCACCACUGGUCCUCCUCCGCCACCUCCGCCGCCACCGCCUCCGAUGCCGGGACAAAUUCCCGGAGCACCACCGCCGCCUCCGCCGCCUCCACCGCCCAUGCCGGGACAAAUCCCCGGAGCGCCGCCGCCACCGCCGCCACCGCCUCCACCUCCCAUGCCUGGCCAGGUCCCAGGCGCACCCCCGCCGCCACCACCCCCUCCUCCCUUGCCUGGCAUGAGGUCGCCUGCGAUAGGAGCAGAUGGUACAGCUUCGCCUGCAGGAUCUAUGCCUCCACCACCGCCACCCUUGCCAGGUCCCAAGACUGGUGGCUUCCUUCCUCAGCCCACGUACAGCGCCACGCCUAGCGUCGGGUUGCCUGUCGCGAGACCGAAGAAGAAGCUCAAGGCUCUUCACUGGGAGAAGGUUGACGCGCCUGAGACAAGUCACUGGGCAGCUCACACACCGUCGGCAGAGGCACGUGAAGAAAAGUACAUUGAACUUAGUAGGAAGGGUAUUUUGGAUGAGGUUGAGAAGCUGUUCAUGGCCAAGGAGAUCAAGAAAAUUGGUGCUGCCGCGGGGCGGAAGGAUGACAAGAAGCAACUCAUUUCUGGUGACUUGCGCAAAGCAUAUGAAAUUGCCCUGGCAAAGUUUUCACACCAUUCCGUGGAGAAGAUUGUGCAAAUGAUUAUCCACUGCGAUUCCGAGGUUCUCGACAACGCUGUAGUGAUGGACUUUCUUCAAAAGGAUGACCUUUGCAAUAUUCCCGACAAUACGUCCAAGCAGAUGGCUCCUUAUAGCAGAGAUCUCACCGGACCUGACGCUGCCACGCAGACGCGAGAACUGGACCCAGCCGACCUGACGAGGCAAGAUCAACUUUACCUUUACACUGCAUAUGAACUACACCACUACUGGAAGAGCAGAAUGCGUGCUCUGGCCCUGACCAGAAAUUUUGAGUCGGAGUAUGAGGACAUUUACAACAAGAUGCAUCAAGUCAUCAGUGUGUCCGAGUCUCUCCGCGACUCGGUCUCGCUCAUGAACGUAUUGGGUCUCAUUUUGGAUAUUGGUAAUUACAUGAACGACGCCAAUAAACAAGCUCGAGGAUUCAAGCUGAGCUCGCUCUCACGACUUGGCAUGGUCAAGGAUGACAAAAACGAGUCGUCCCUGGCUGACCUGGUUGAGCGCAUCGUUCGCAGCCAAUACCCAGAGUGGGAGAAUUUUGCUUCCGAGAUUGGUGGCGUCCAGAUCGCACAGAAGAUGAAUGUCGAACAGCUCGAGACCGAUGCUAAGAAGUACAUUGCCAACAUUCGCAACGUCCAAAAGUCUCUUGACUCGGGCAAUCUCAGCGACCCCAAAAUGUUCCACCCUGAGGAUCGCGUCAACUUAAUUGUACAACGCUGCAUGAAGGAGGCCCGUCGCAAGGCUGAGCAGAUGCAGCUGUACUUGGAUGAGAUGAUUCGUACAUUCAAAGACAUUAUGAUUUUCUACGGCGAGGACCCCGCUGAUGAAAGUGCCAGACGCGAAUUCUUUAGCAAGCUGGCCAACUUUUUGAGCGAGUGGAAGAAGUCACGAGAGAAGAAUAUCCAACUCGAGGAGACGAGGAAGCGCAACGAAGCUUCAAUGAAGCGAAAGCACGCAGCGCAAAAGGCUGCCCAAGCCGCCAGCGAGUCAGCCUCGGCCUCGGCAACUAGUACUGGUGCGAUGGACUCGCUGCUCGAGAAACUACGUGCGGCGGCGCCGCAGGCUCGGGACCAGAGAGACCGACGCCGGCGGGCGCGUCUAAAGGACCGCCACCAAGUGCGUGUUGCCUCUGGACAGAAGAUUCCUGAUCUUAACGAGAUACCUGAGGUGGAGGCUGGGCUAAAGACGACGGACCAGACUAUUGAGGAAGAGAACAGCAGCAUGGCUGGCCCAAGCGGCCCCGCAAGCCCAAAUCGAACGCAGUCUCGGGACGGUGACGGCGAUGUUGCCGACCGAGCAGCCGCUCUCCUACAAGGUAUGCGCGGCGGCGACGCAGACGACAGCGAAAAGCGAGAGAGCCUUCGGAAGGCAAGAAGGCAAACAGCCGAAGAAGAGAGACGCAUGCGCCGUCGGCGACGUGAUAAGGCUUCCGUGAGCAACGCAGAGGAUGUCGGUAAAAAAGCCGACCCUGCCGAGGAGGAUGCAGCAACAGGCGCCGGCCACGAGGAGACGGCUCGCGACUCUGUUGCUGCGUCUUUGGAGAACGGCGAGACAGGAGAGGAGAACAAAUCCUAA